AUGACGGAAGAGAGUUCAUUUAUUGCGGGAGAUAUUCAAGUGAAAGAAAAUAAUGAAAAAUCAGAAAGAAAUUCUUCGAAAUGGAAAGAUGCGUUUAUUAUAGUUCUUGCAUUAGCAUGUGUUGGUCUUGCACUUGCAUUUCCCUUUUCAAGAAAAUUUGGUAAAAGAACUUCAAACAACCAAGCUUCCGAAACAAUCCCUAUGAAUGGCAUAACCGAAGAUGGCCUGACCUCCUAUUUGGGAAUUCCAUACGCAUUGCCGCCAACUGGCGAUAGGAGACUUCGGCCUCCGGUUCCCCAUCCUAUGUGGAGUGAAAACGCAAACAGUGAUGAUUUCUCCGCAACGGAAUCGAAACCCGGCUGCCUAUCUGGAGUUGAGCAGCUAAUGCAGGAAAACUUUGGCGUUGAUUUUUCCGAUGAAAAACGAUCUGAAGACUGCUUGUACAUGAACAUUUGGGCUCCAGAUAAAAAAGAAAAAACUGAGAAACUGCCAGUUCUAGUCUUUAUUCACGGCGGAAGCUUCCUUAGUGGAAAUGCAUCGAGGUAUGAGACAGUUGGUGACGAUGUCGCGAGAAAAGAAAACAUCAUCGUCGUUUCAAUUCAAUAUCGUCUCGGGAUCUACGGCUUUGGGUAUCUUGGGCGAGAUCGAAGUGAAAACAUUGGGCAUUUUGAGCAGGGAAAUUUCGCCUUGCAAGAUGUAAGAUUGGCACUGAAGACAAUCUACGCGAAUAUUCACCGUUUCGGCGGAGAUAAAGAACAAAUAACUGUAAUGGGAAAUUCUGCUGGAGGACUAACAGUUGCUACACUUCUUUCUGAUGAAGCACCGGUUUAUAUGAGAGCAUCUGGCUGGCCAUUCUACCAAAAAGCAGUGAUUCAAUGUCCGCCAAUGAAUUUGUACAUGCGAACGGUUGAAGACAUCGUCGCUUUCAAUUCCAAAAUUAUCAACGCCAGUGGCUGCUCCAAGCUUUCAUGUUUCCAAAAACUGACGACAGAUGAAGUCGCUCAGGCUGUAUCAUCCUCGACGAAUCCUUAUUUGAUGGAUUUGACUGUCAAUGCUCUCUUUGGUACGCCAUUUGCCCCAAUUGCCGACAAUAUAACCGCUUUUAACCCGUUCCGAAACAGAUUCCAACAAGACAUCCCAACGAUGAUCGGUAUAAACGCGGAUGAACCGACUCUUUACCCACCGAUUGGAGACAACAGAGAUCAGCUACUGAAGAUUGAGCAAGACGCGAUUUUCGAUUGUGGAUCCAGACGAUUACUUGAGGAUCAAGCGGAAUCAUUUAUGUACAUCUUUGACGCAGUAUCUCCAAAAGCUUAUAAACAUUGGUCAAGAGAUUAUCAAUGGGGUAACUGCGAAGAAAAGGCUUGCCAUUGCACUGACACUGGAUAUUUCUUCGGAAAGAUUCCCCUUGACACGGAGAAUCAGAAGCAAGCGGCGAAGAGAAUAAGAAGCACAAUAACCAAUUUUAUCAAGUCCGAAGACACCGGAUUAAAAAAUUCUAACGGAGGAUCCUUUCAAAAUCUGAUUUUGACAGAGCCAGACAGCUCUGUUGAACCAGCAAAGAAAAAUAUUUGCGAGUUCUGGGAUAAAGUCUUUCUACUCUCUGAAAACUGCGCUAAAGGAGACAAAAAUAGCUGCUUUGCGAACUGGAGCAAGAUUAUUGAAGCUGUGCAAUAUUUACGCUCUCAAAAAGAACAAUAA